AUGAAUGAUGAAGACCGAAUGCAUGCUCAUCGAGUGACUCCAUGUUGUCUUCGAGUAGCCUAUUCAGUAGAUAAUCUGAAAGGGUACAUACCAGUCAGUCUGUCGGAUCCUGGAUAUCUUGAAGAGCUCGAACGCGAAGCGGCCCUCAAGAUGCGUCAGUGUAGAUGUUCUCAAUGUGAUCCUCAAGGAUGCGCCCGGAUUAUACGUUUGCUGCCGUUUACAAAGGCCCAAGAAUUUGAUUCCCUCCUGAAAUCUUCACCUACACAACCUGAAGAUGUCAGUCGAUUCGGAUUCCCUAAAAAGAUCACAAAGCGCAAGUUUUCUGGAGAUAUUCCAGUCAUAUGCAAGCACAACGACUCAAUCCGGCUAAGUGUUCCAAUGAUCGACCUCGCUGUCAUACUUGUGGGCAAGUUCGAGGCUCUUUUUCAACAAUAUUAUCCAAGUGGUUCUCACAUGAUGUCAGAAUGGCUUUUUGAUCGCGAAGAUGCAUGGCAAAUAGUCAAAAACCAUGAGGCUGUUCAUAAUGGUAUUUUCUUACGAGAAAUUCUCGGUGGUGAAACUGUACCCGGACAAUUCGCUUUGGUGAACGAGUGUAUAAACUUAUGGUUACAAUCGCCAGUCUAUCACCAGCAUCAACAAGACCUAGCGGAUGAACAGAUCAGGCUUGAUCAAGAGUUUCUUGAUUCAAAUCUAAUUGAAGAAGAACACCGAGAACAGAUGCGACUCAAGAAAAUAGCAAGUGACAUCAAAAAAGCAGGGAUUGCAGAUCGGAAGCGACUUCGGAAACAAAAGGAAAUUGAAAAACAGAUCGAGAGGGAUAUGAAACUCAAAAAGAGGCAACAGGAGCUUCAUAGCAUUUAUCACACAUGUGCACUUGCGCCAUGUGUAAAAACGAUUGGAGCGAAGGUUGUGUGA